GGGCGUGGGGGGGUGGGGGAGGGGGAGGGGUAAAGGAUGAGGACUUGAGGAUGGAUCGGGUGCAGAGAGCACAUGAGCCACGUUGGUGUCAAUGUCUUCCAUAAUGCAAGUGCCUCGUCGCUUGUAUAAUGCGCUUGUUUCGUUUCCAUCAUCGCCACCAGCACCAUCGUAGGAAGCGGAGCGGAAGCAUCGUCCUUUCUUUGCAUUAAUGGCGUGGGAGUGGGAGAGGACGCUGGGUAUGGAGUUGGGAAUGGGGAUGGGAGAUACUUCCUCUACUACGUCAGCUGCUGUUGCGCAACCGGAAGGUGCUGCUGCUUCUCCAGCGUAUCUAUCUGGUGCUCCAGCCGCCGCUGACACCGUCCGCGUCGACGAUGUCCUCGACUUCUCCGGUCACCACAUCUUCCCCGACUUCGGCACCGCCGCCGCAACCGACGUCCAAUUCUUCGCACCGACUAACCCCUUCUCUGCCGACGCAAGCCAGCCAUUGCCUGCAGAAACGAACUCCUCGUCCGAUUUCCAAUGUCUCCAAGCUUCUUUCGACUUCUAUAUUCCGCGCGAAGAGGAAGCAGAGCUGGAAUGGCUUUCGCAGUUUGUAGAGGACUCGUUCUCGGACGUCCCUUGCCAGUAUACCAGCCUCGCCGCCCCCUCCGACGACAGCCACCCCCGCGUGGACCAAUGCAUCAGCAGUCGCGCUGCUAGAAGCAAGCGGUCCAGGACCAGCAACCCUUCCGCUGUUUGGUCCUCGUUAACACCGCCGCAGCAGCCAUCGCCGUCUUCCUCAUCCUCGUCCUCUGAUCUCCCGUCUUCGCUACCAACUUCGAUUGGUGCUAAGAGCAUUAGCAGCAGCAGCAGUAGUGGUAGUAGAGGAAAGAAAAGUGGAGGAGGAGAGGGAGGAGGGGUGCGGCGGUGUACGCACUGCGCGUCAGAGAAGACGCCGCAGUGGCGGACGGGGCCGCUGGGGCCGAAGACGCUGUGCAACGCGUGCGGGGUGAGGUACAAGUCCGGGCGGCUCGUGCCGGAGUACCGGCCCGCGGCGAGCCCGACCUUCGUGCUCACCCAGCACUCCAACUCUCACCGCAAGGUCAUGGAGCUCCGCCGCCAGAAGGAGUUCCUCUGCCUCCGCCACGAGAACCAACCGUCCCCUUCUUCCGCCGCCGCCGCCGCUGCAACGAGGCCGGAGCUCCUCCUCGAUGACUACAGCGUCUGCUGACACCACAGCCCGCUGCCCCCGUCUCCGCUGUUGCUGCUUCUUUAGAAUCUUUCGUCUAAAAAUCAAGACUGCGUUCAUCGAACGGUUGGAAUUCUACUGGCACGGCACGUGAUGCUAGCUGGAAGAUAUGUAUGAUACUGGUAGGAGGGCACAGACGAGGGCUACGGGUUGUAACAUGUAACUUGUAUUGCAACUACUUUCAACGUUGUGAUGAUUGCUUUUUGGAUGAAUGAAUAAAAGUUAUCAUUCAGAUUACUAA